AUGGGCAUCGCAAUCAAAAAGCCAGACGAUGCCGUUGGCUCGGCCACCCCGGCCAUCAUCAUCGGCCUUUUCGUUGCGUUCGGUGGUGUUCUAUUCGGAUAUGACACAGGUACCAUCAGCGGUAUUCUCGCCAUGAAAUACUGGCGAGAACUAUUCUCGACCGGCUACACAAACCCCAAGGAUGGUCUUCCCGACGUGACUUCCUCCCAAUCUUCCAUGAUCGUCUCCCUCCUUUCCGCCGGCACUUUCUUCGGUGCCCUCUUCGCCGCCCCCAUGGCCGACUACUUCGGUCGUCGUCUUGCCAUGAUUCUGAACUCCGUUGUUUUUGUCUUCGGUGUUAUUCUCCAGACCAUCGCCACUGCCAUCCCCCUGUUCGUGGCUGGUCGAUUCUUUGCUGGUCUCGGUGUUGGUCUGCUCUCGGCAACUAUCCCCUUAUACCAGUCUGAGACUGCUCCCAAGUGGAUCCGUGGUACCAUCGUCGGUGCCUACCAGCUGGCCAUUACCAUCGGUCUGCUCCUCGCAGCCAUCGUCAACAACGCCACCAAGGACCGCAACGAUACCGGCUCCUACCGCAUCCCCGUCGCCGUUCAGUUUGCCUGGGCUAUCAUUCUUGUUGGUGGAAUGAUUAUUCUGCCCGAGACACCCCGUUUCCUCAUCAAGCAGGACAAGCACGAGGCUGCUGCCAAGGCGCUCGCCCGCCUUCGCCGGGUCGAAGUUAACGAUGCUGCGAUUGUGGAGGAGCUGGCUGAAAUCCAGGCCAACCACGAGUUUGAGCUCAGUCUGGGCAAAGCGACCUACUUCGAGAUCAUGCGUGGUUCCCUUGGCAAGCGUCUGGCUACUGGUUGUGCCGUGCAGGCCCUGCAGCAACUGGCUGGUGUCAACUUCAUCUUCUACUACGGCACCACCUUUUUCCAAAACUCCGGUAUCCAAAACUCCUUUGUCAUCACCCUGAUCACCAACAUCAUCAACGUCGUCUCCACCUUACCCGGUCUCUACAUGGUCGAGAAAUGGGGUCGUCGCCCCCUUCUGAUGUUCGGCGCCGUUGGCAUGUGCAUCUCGCAACUGAUCGUCGCCAUCGUCGGUACAGCCACUUCCUCCACUGUCGCGAACAAGGUCCUGAUCGCCUUCGUCUGCGUCUACAUCUUCUUCUUCGCCAGCUCCUGGGGCCCCGUCGCCUGGGUUGUCACUGGUGAAUUGUACCCCCUCAAGGCCCGCGCCAAGUGUCUCUCCAUCACCACCGCAACCAACUGGCUGCUGAACUGGGCUAUCGCCUACGCCACCCCGUACAUGGUUAACGAUGGACCCGGUAACGCGAACCUCCAGUCCAAGGUCUUCUUCAUUUGGGGUGGCUUCUGCUUUAUCUGUGGUAUCUUCGUCUACACCUGCAUCUACGAGACCAAGGGUCUUUCCCUGGAGCAGGUCGACGAACUCUAUGCCAAGGUGCCCGUUGCCUGGAAGUCUGUUGGCUUCGUUCCCUCUGUGCACUACACUGAUGUUCGCGAUAUCGCGGACGUUAAGCACGGUGGUGAUCUAACCCAGCUGGAGACCGAGGCUAAUGAGAAGCGCAAUGGGGAGAAUGCUACUCAUCUUGAGAGCCUUCCUGCUAAGGCUGAAGUUUAG